AGUGCUCUGCUCUGGGCUUGUUACGCGCAGAAGACCAGACAAGCCCAUAAAACAGUGCGCGCUUGGAGAGAGCAGCACCUCUCCACCUGAACCGACCUGAAGAUUCAGCCGUUCCACGGAGGACAAGACUACAAGUAUAUUUAGACAUUUAUUAGGUGUACAAAUAGUCACUUAAAUUGUUGGCUAGAUGUGGAUUCUAUAGUCAUGUAAACUUGUGGUUUUCUCAAAGACAAACGAUGCGGAUUGUGUGCGCACCGCAACAUAAGGCCUUAUAGUGAACUCUUGUAAACUGGAAUCGGGGAUGAAGGUGAUGUGCUGGCUCUUGAUGUUGGACCUCAGACAAAGAGACAUUGAGUCAUCUAAUCUUUAUUGAUCACAGAAACGGAGAAGAGUCUGAUCAAUUAGUGGAAGCGCUUCUGAAACCCAGAGCACCGCGCACUGCGUUUGAGCCAUUUGGAGACUCAAAAAUCAGCAGUUCCUUGCCAAAUCGGUGCCUGUAUCUAAAUAUGGCAACCCAGGGGUCUAUGUGCAACACCUCAAUCUCAGACUAUGCAAACCAGUCCAGUGAAUUCAGCAAUAUUUCCCUUCAACCGAAUGGAAGCUCGAUGGCCGAGGAGGACAGCACAAAGAUUCUGGCUGUAAUCUACAUUGUGGUGUUCGUCGUGGGUUUGACAGGAAACUCUCUGGCCAUUUUCGUUGUCCUGCGCUACACCAAAAUGAAGACGGUCACCAACAUGUACAUCUUAAACCUGGCAGUGGCUGACGAGCUGUACAUCCUGGGACUUCCAUUUCUCACCACCCACAACGUGCUCGCCUACUGGCCGUUUGGCAACUUCCUCUGUCGUAUUCUGAUGUGGGCAGACUCCAUCAGUCAAUUUACUAGCACAUUCUGUCUGACAGUAAUGAGCAUUGAUCGCUAUAUGGCUGUGGUACAUCCUAUCCGCAGCACGAGGUGGCGGCGACCCAGUGUUGCCAAGGUGAUAAAUAGCAUGGUAUGGGCACUGUCCUGUCUGCUGACACUACCAGUCAUCAUUUACUGUGACGUUCAGCCAGAGCUCAACACCUGCAACCUGAGCUGGCCUGAACCGCGUGACGUGUGGUCGACCGCAUUCAUCCUCUACACCGCCAUACUAGGUUUCUUCUGCCCACUUCUGGUCAUCUGCCUUUGCUACCUGCUCAUUGUAAUCAAGGUAAAGUCCACCAGUGCGCGAGCGGGACUCUCCAAACGCAGCAAGUCUGAGAAGAAAGUGACGAGAAUGGUGGUGAUCAUUGUGGUGGUGUUUGUCCUGUGCUGGCUGCCGUUUUUCAUACUCAACAUCCUCAACCUGAUCAGCACCCUCCCGGAGAACAGCCUCAUCACCGGCAUCUACUUUCUCACCGUCAUCCUGACCUACGUCAACAGCUGCGCCAAUCCUCUGCUCUACAGCUUUCUGUCGGACAACUUCAAGCGGAGCUUCCAGCAAGUGUUGUGCAUCCACAGGGUCAACGGGGUCAGCAACGGUCACCCUGGCCGUGAGCGCCUCAGCAGGAACCAGCAGAAUGAGGCCUUAUUCCCUCCAAGGAGCUUUGAUUUCAAAGAACAUGUCCAGAGCUAUCAGUCCAUUGGUUUGAAGGCUGAGGCAUGUGAUAAAUCAGAAAACCACCGACCUGGACCACAGCCGAGCAGCCAGUCCAUAUAAAAUCUGAAAGUUGGAUGGAUUUUUCCCUCUUUUAACACAUAUAUUCUUUUUGUUCUGAGUUGGUCGUCCAAUCAAAGUCAUUAUGACAUGGUCAAAAUAUACAGCUUUAUAUGAAGUUAUUGUUGUCUUUGCCUAGAGCAAACACUCUCUGGUGCACAAACACAAUACAUUUCCAUAUAAAUAUCACUCUGUGAUGAGAAGAUAUCAGUGAUGUUAUAUAUAACUGUAAAUAUGUAUUAUAAUGGCAAAUUGCUCAUCAUUUUGUUCCCCAUGACUGAAUAAAACUGGGAAACUGUUCAUCCUCCACCUUUGGACCAAUUUGGACAAUUGAGAGAGGAAGUGGCUUCUGCUGUUACAUUUUGAUGGACAUUGCUAAUUUGGUGGCGGUUCUGAACAUUUUUACUCUCAAACAAGCUCUCCUGGUGAUUAGGUGUACCUGUGUUAUGCUGCCUUAGUCUUGAUGUUGUUUGUAUCAUUCCUAAUAAACCUGGAUUUACAGGAUUCCGAUAAGUUUCAAAUGGAAACAUGGGACUCUUGUAAUAAUUCUGUAGUAAAAGACAUCUAUGUUAUUAGAUUAUUAUGUGCUGUAUAUAGUAAACAAUACUGUAAAGUUAAUUACUUUAAAUAGAGGUCCAGGCAAAAUGGUUUAUAUUAACCUGCUAAUCACACUGUUCAGAGUUCUACAAGUACAUAAACAGCUGCUAACAAGUACAUUAAACAGUGUAUUAAACAGCUGCUUACAAUGAUUCAAAAAAUAUCUCCAUCCGUUAACAUCUCAUGACUUGUUUGAGCUUUUUUCUUUUUGUUUUAUUCACAAGUCACCUUUACAUCAUCAGAUUCCUUAUUUGUGCCCAGGGCCAGAAGGUCAGCAGAUUUUCCAUACUUUAUUGGCUUUAGAUUUACAGAGACUGUACUCAUUAAUAGACACUUCUGGGUCAGUGUAGCCAAUUAUCAACUAUAGCCCCAGGAAGAAAAACAAAGAGGCACGCAUGAGGGACAAAACUCAAAAUGAGAUAAGUAUGCAGACAAAAUGUUACAUAGACAGGUCUGUCAACUAAGACAAAAUGAUGUUUCUUCAUCAGAACAGAUUCGGAGAAAUUUAGCAUUAUA